AACAUAGUAGGUUGAUAGACUUUUGAAUUCACUCACUGAAAAAUUAAAGUACAAAACAGAAACAGGGUUUUUGCUUAGUCAUGGAACUCGAGGUAGUUAAGAGUUUAGAGGAAAUUGCUGCAUGUGCCAAGUUGCAAUUAAAUGAAAUCGAUCUCAUCCCCCGAACAUCGAAAUGUGGAAAAAGUGUUUUAGAGAUUUUCGACGUUGAUGAGAAGGUCAGUUUCUCAUCCGAUGGAGGUGAGGAGGAAGUGGAUAUUGAACUUGAGCGUUCAGAGCAGUCCGAUGAUAGACCAGAGAAAAUGGCACAUGAAAUUGAUUGUUUGAUUCGACAGAUUGAGCAAAUGCAAAUGGCGAUUAGGAAACGUCAACUUAAAAAGAGUAGCGAACAGGUCAGUGAGGAAUCUGCAGGACAAGAAACGGAAGCCCUGACCGAGUGUCAAGUUAGAUGCAAACAGAGAGAAAAUCAGGAAAAUUACGUUGAAGCCAAUGUAAAUCGGAAACACCAACCGCUGUGCGGCAAUGAGUUACUGGAAGCAAGGAGUCUUCGUCAGGCCCACAAUCGCAUCCAACAACAAAUAGAUGAAGUUAUAUGCAGGUAUAGAAAGCUCCGCGAAGUCAUCUUCCAAAUGCGGAAAAGUAUUCGCUGCAUGGAAGGCAAUCUUAUAGAUCUAAAUUCGAAAACCGAAAAAUAUAUAGUUUGGUUCGGCGAAGUUGCCAAGGAAAUGAAUGUGUGCAAGGAGCGUUAUAAUUACUUACUCGAAGCCAAGAUGUCCAGACGGGAGGCAUUAAAAACAGACCAAGUUCAUACCGCCCGAUUCCUUAAAUAUAAUGCUGCUUAUGUUACCAAAACUCUUCUAAAACGCGAAAUCGCUGAGUUCAUUGACGAGGUAAAGGAUAUUGAGACUCUAAUGAGUGAGCUGCACAAGGAACUGGAUAGGAAUAUGGCUCUUUUCGAAAUACCACGCACUAAUUCGCUGGAUAAUCCAGCCGCGUUUCUAGCUUCCAUGGCUUGGACAGUUAGACUAUCCGACGAGUUCCGGAAAUCAGGAAUAAAACUUAAAGACGGUGUCAAUUAGUAGUUGAUCAUUAAGAAAGCAAUUCACAUGUUUGAAGAAAUGAAAAAUAUUUAUUAAUUGUUAAGUCAAAUUAUUGUUAUCACAAAAUUGUUGCGAAAAAAUGAGUAAGAAGAAAGAUAUAGUAA